UACUCGAUGCCCGUGCAGGAGGUUCGAAGAAAAUCCAAGUGCAAUAAGAUGGCGUCACGCACGUCAGACCUAGGGAAGAAGUGAGGGGUAGAGGAAAGACAGGAAAGAGGCAGGCCAGGCGAACGUCGCCAGGGGAUCGCGGUGUGUGACAGAGAGUGCGAAUACGGUGCUGUCAUGUCUUCUUCGGACCUUAAGAACGAUUACAUUUCGAUCACGGUGGUAAAACGUUGUGCGUGAUCCAUCGUCCAGUAACAUCAUCGAUGCCUUUGUUCGGCAAUAAGAGCUGUUCUCGUUCGACCGCGUUCGUUUCGAGAAUACGAAGACGGAGUUAGUAGCGGCGGUAGUCGGUUACGCACCGUGUUCAAGAAAAAACAAACGUGCAACGAUAAUCGGCUAGGAACUCGAGAGAGAGAACCUUCCUCUCGGUCCUGGACACGUCGAGGAGGAGGAGGAGGAGGAGGAAGAGGAGACGGAGGCGAACUGCCAAAGAGAUGCGCGAGUUCAAGGUAGUCGUCCUCGGCUCGGGCGGGGUAGGAAAGAGUGCACUCACCGUGCAAUUUGUUUCGGGAUGUUUUAUGGAGAAGUACGAUCCGACGAUCGAGGACUUCUAUCGGAAAGAGAUCGAAGUGGACAACUCGCCGUGCGUACUGGAGAUUCUCGACACCGCUGGCACCGAACAGUUUGCGAGUAUGCGCGAUCUUUACAUAAAGAACGGGCAAGGCUUUGUCGUCGUUUACAGUUUGACGAAUCAUCAGACCUUUCAGGACAUCAAGGCCAUGAAGGAAUUGAUAACGCGCGUCAAAGGUACAGAAAGAGUGCCGGUGUUGCUUGUCGCGAACAAACUCGAUUUGGACCAUCAACGCGAAGUGGAAACUGCCGAGGGUAACAGUUUGGCGCAACUCUGGGGAUGUCCUUUCGUCGAGGCGUCCGCGAAGAAUCGCACAAACGUAAACGACGUGUUCGCGGAGAUUGUACGCGAAAUGAACUUCAGCCCGGAGAAAGAGAAGAAGAGCUACUGCUGUUGCAACGUGCUCUAAUAAUUAAUCAAAAUCCUGAACCAGGCUAACCGUGCCACGUUAGGUAAAGGAAAUGUACGUAGUGGCUGAUCGCGGUGCACUAGAUGAUUUGUCUAGCAACUACGCUGCUCUCUUUCUUGAGCCCGACCUUGGGCUUGUGCUGUGAAUUCGCCAAUCUGUAAGACUAAUGUUACCCCGGAUCGUACCGUGGAUCUUUGUGAAUUCAACUAUGUCAAAGACUAAUGCCGUCUCUUGGUUCUUUUUCUAUCGGAAAAUCACAGUCUGCUGUUCGGCUGGCUGUUAAAUAUUUUAAUAUACAUGGAUAGUAUUAUAUGUAAUAUUAUUGUAAUAUAUAAUGAUAGAUAUAAGCGGGUAAUGAAAGAAGUAACUCCGUCAGCAAAGGACCAAUACUCGACAGAGAACGAGCGAGAAAAGGAGAUAAAAGUGACAUUAGGAAGAGGACACGGAUAGCAUCGAGGGUGAUAACAAAACUACCCAGGGAUAGUUGUCACUUGUUAACGGCAUAAACCAAGCUCGAUACGUCUAGCUUUCUGCUCAAUCUAAAUGAGGCCACAGUCGCAUAUUUCUUUUGAUCUGCACGCCUGCAGUGCUCGCAGGUUGGAUGUGGAUUAAUACAGCGUCUAAACUAUUUACAGAUAUCAAAGAGAUCACUGUGGUGGCCAGCUGUUUGACAUAGUGGAAAGAAUUUAAACGACUGAGUAAAUGUUAUUUACAAUGUACAGUCAGGAACUUGGAAGAAGAUAGAAGGUCUUACAUACGCAUUGUGCAAUGAUAUCCAUUAACGAUAUAUAUUACCCGUGCUCAAACGUCAGAGGCUGCGGUAAAAGAUACUUCUAUAAGGGGUUCGAAUGCUGAGUCGUUAAUGGUUCUGGAAUCGAGUGUACAGUUCUAAUAGUAAAAAUACAUUUUAUUAAGGCAAGCAUAGAGUAUUGAAAACGACCCGUUAAUGGCUCGAAUUUUAUAUUCAAGACCAUGAUAUUUGGAUAGUCGAGUUCCAUCUGGUUUCAGUAUGGUUUCGUUGCAUACCAGAUAUUUAUAUUCUUGUUUCAUUUUGGAUUCGAUCACUUGGAGUGGAAAUUUGAUGCGCAACAUCUGGUGUUUCGAUUAACCAAGGUAUAAUUAAAGAAAAUAUGUCGAAGAUAAAUAGAGAAGGAAGAACGCCGAUGGAAAGGAGAUUGCGGUAAUGUUACAGUGGAACAUUAGUACAUAACGUCAAUCGUAAACAUAAUUAUAGGAUUUAUAUGGUAAAGUCUGUACAAUAGAAAACAAAUACAAAGUCUUUAUACAAUUCUAAUAAGUUUUAUAGCCAAUUUUAAACCAGCAAGAGAUGGUUAGGCUUUGAAAUUUGUUUUUCACAAAGGCUUGCUGGUACAUUGAUCCCCUCAACUGCAAAAUACAUACGUGGUACUCGUAAUAAUAUCCGAUAUAUCCAUUGCUUUGUACGUACAGAGAAUCUUCUUUCAAAAACCAAUCACCGUUAAGUUUAGUGAAUGUUAUACCGAUGGAUGUAAAAAAAAGAAGCAAUGGACUCCCUUAUAAGUAGCAGUAGGUCGUGUGUAAUUUUUCUCGUGUGAUCAAAAAUCAUAUUAUCCGAUGUUAAAUACCGCUUUUAUACCAUAACAGUCAUUACAUUAGCUUGAUAUGUUACUAUUUAACGCCACCAUCGAAGUCAUUAAUUUCCGUGUGAUCGCUGCACGACGUACCUUAAGCAAAAUAAGGGUUGUUCGCUCGUCUAUCGUUGAUGUUUUAUUUUGUUUGUUUAAUCGAAGGAUAUUGAUCCUGAUUUCUGGAAGGAAAAAAAUGUAUUUAUAGUUUGUAUAAUAUCUACUUGUUCGUCUAGAUUACCUGUCUUUCGGAUCGAUUACGAUGUUGAAUUAUACACGAGCGAUGCCGCUUCCCGGCCAAGCAUAUCCGAGGACCUUAAAGUCGAACUGAAAAGUUUAAAAUGAACUGAUGUACAGUAUUUCUAUCAUUGGUAGUUAGAAGUGUCCGACGAUAUAGUUUUUGGGAAGAGCUAUCGGUCGUACAUUAAUUCGUGUAUUUUUUUCAAUUGUCGGUGCACUUUUAGAAACGUCAUUUCGUAGCGAGUACGCGUGGCUAGGUAUUUCGUCUAAUUUCGUGAAUCGUAAAAAGCCUCGAUACUGCAUAAAUUUUUCGCAACAGUAAAAUUUAAAGUUACAGACCAGUUUUAUUUUAUAGUUUUCGUUCUAUACUGUUUUAAGUAAAAUGAUAUAAAUAUGAAAGAAAAAAAUACCGACACUAUUUUUACCGCGGUUUUACGCGUACCUAUUUCGAUCAAAAGUUGUCUUUCGAUAGAAAUAGUGUUAAGAUCCAUUGGAUCACGGUUUGGUACUAUAGAGUUAAUUUCGAACAUAACCCGUUUUAAACGACGGUAAUUCUGUUUUAAAUUCUGGCGUCAAUGUGCCGGUGUUCGUUCGAAUAUAUAAUUGAUCGUGUUUAAAGCGGAAGAAAGUAUCGAAAGUAGAAGAGAUACAAGACAGCCUCGCGUAUUCGAUUGAUGAAUGGUGCUAAUACGGUCCGUCAGUUUAAGAUUGACGGAGCGUAUACCGACGUAGCGAAUCGGCCAUCCAUUUCGUUACUGUACUCAACUAAACAGGCAAGAAAGAAAGGGUGGGGGGUUGGGCAACACAGAAUUAUUCGUAUCCACUACUUUUAUCGCCCGGAAAAUUCAUAGUCUCGCUGUGAUCCCGUAGAUGUAACCGCAGUUUUUCUAUUAAAAGACGACGAUAAUAACCGCGUAUAAAAGCCUUUCAACGGCGAAUCAAAGGGCCUCUUUGUGAAACGUGUAAUCGCUCUCGCUCCAUUAUCGUUACGUUUUUUCCGCCCUCCCGGGUUUUUUGUGCUUCGCGAAAACCAUGGAUUGGCAAAAUGCAAAAAUGAAAUUAGAACAGUCGCUUAUUAAUUGGGCGCGGAUAGCUCUCCAAGUAGUAUACCACUCUGAUGCACAGAAACGAAUAAGGGAAAGAAGAAAAAAAAAAGAAGUUUCUAUAUUUGUAUCGCUUCUGAACAUAACGCACGUACACGCACACACGCACGCGCGACAUGCAACACACACACACACGCGCAUAUAUCUACACGUACACGCGUGUUUGUCCGCCGACGCGAAACCGCGUUUAAGAAUAUUUUUCUAAAGCAUGCGCUGGGAAAACUUUUGUACAAGAGACAAAGUCAAAUUGUCUAUUACUUGGAAAGUUGUCUAGCGCAACGGAAGACGAGCCUAUGUCCGAGUCAGCAUAUCAGUGUCAUGGACCAGAUUCGUUUCGUUUACAUCUUCGUUUCGGCCAGUAAAUAGUUCAGAUUUUUUUAGAGGAAAAAAAAAAAAAAAAAGAAAGAUACUUGGGAAAAAGAAAGCACAAGAAUUCACCACCUACAAAACGAUUCGCAUACGAUUUUAUAAUUAGAUAUAAAUAAAUAAAUAAAUAAAUGAAUAUAUAUAUACAGUAUAUAUAUGUAUACAUGCAGAUUUGUUACGCAACUGGGUCACAUUAAUUCGAAAAACACCACGAUUUAGAUGUAUAUCGGCCUUUCAGUACUACCUGCGUAUGAUAUUGAGUACGAAAUACGUUAUAUUUUUUACAAUGUGAAGAAACUGUAAAUAUUAUAGCGUCGAAUUAUAUGUAAUAAUAAUAUUAAUAAUAAUAAUAAUAAUAAUAAUAUUAAUAAAAAGGAAUACUGAUAAACGAUUAUCUGACAUUUGAAAAAGACAACAAUUGAGAAUGGCUUACAGUAAAAAAUGUGCAUUUCAUUGACGAGUUUAUGAAACACGAUACGUUUCUUCGCUUCGUUUUUUUUUUCUUUCUAUCGUCUUUCGUCGAUCGCAUCGUUCUCGAUUCAACGGCUACGUUUCGCAUAAUCACUUGGGUAGACAAGAAACGGAUACUCGAGGCACUUAAAAAACGACACCAUCUGCGAAAAAAUUUUUGUUUGCUGGUAAUUUGAAUCUCGCGCCCGUUUUGUUCCGACUCGCGUUGAGGAGGGAAAUGCACAAAAAAGUGUGCGCUAUUUUUUACCCGUAGUAAAAAAAAAAAAAAAAAAAAAGAAGAAGGAAAGAGAGUAAAACCUUACAAGCAUGUGUUCGUUUGUGUAUUUCUCUUUUCAACGCCCGACGAAAAUAAACCGAAUAUCGAUAAUAAAGUGUAUUUUCUUUCUCUUUGUUUGAAAGGGAAGUUUCAACAGUACAGGAUUGAAUAACAACGUGGUAUUGUUUCUUUGAUUGUGGUUCAAAGUUCGUUGCAUUUUUUCUUUCUUUUUUUUUUCAAAAUUUCAAUGGAUGAAUUACCAGCAUGAUAAUCUAGUCACUACAGAAUUCUUGUAACUCAAUGACAUGGAAAAAAAAAAAUACACAAUGCGUGCUUAAAAAAAGAAAAUUUCUACCAGGAGAAUGCAAAUACGUUACAGCUGUCCUACUCUAUCAUCCAAAUUAUUCAUUUUGAUAUUACAAUUAACUUUCGAAACGUUAUUUUCUCGUACAGCUUAGAGAAUAAGUUAAAUUGAAUAAUUCGAUUGAAUGUUUAUAUGUUUGUUACUAUUAUUAUUAUUAUCAUUAUUAUUAACAAAUGUUUAGAAAUUAUAAGGAGAAAAAUUGUAAUUGGAUUUUAAGGAUGAUAGGUUAACGCAGAAAUGAAUUUCUUUUUUACAUCAUGAAGCCAACUUUUUUCCAUGAAAACAUUGGGAUAGGUCCAAUGAUAACUAUCCAAGUGAUUUAUCAUGCCUCAAUACUGGUGCACAUUUUUUCUUUGUACGCAAUUUUUUCACAUUUUUUUAUUACUAACCAUUGUACUGGCAUUUUGGCAAUAU